UUACAGCUGCAAUAAUGAUAUAGUUAUCAGAAUGGAUAAAGAUUGGGGCCUCAACCCCAACUGGGACGCCUAUCAAGCCCGGCCGGCACAGCCGGCUGCAGCUGGUUUGGGCGGGCGUAAGGAUGCUGCGCCCGCGCCAGGUUCUGCAGAAGCGAGUCUACUUCCCAAGAAGGCGCGACGUGCGCUGAGGCCCACCGUUUGCCAGGUUGAUGGCUGCGGGCGGGAUCUUUCUGCGGAGAAGGCGUACCUGCAGCGCUACUCCGUGUGCGAGGGCCACUUUAAGGCCGAGGUCGCGGUUGUGCAUGGCCAGGAAAUGCGCUUCUGCCAGCAAUGCAACAAGUUUCAGGACCUGCGCGAAUUCGAGGGCAGCAGAAGGAGCUGUGCGGCACGCUCCAAGGAUCGCAACAUGCGCCGGCGGCUCCAGACAACCAUGCAGAAGGGCCCGGGAGGUGAAGGCUCGGAGGUGCUAUUGCAGUCAACUUCAAACCAGCGCGAUGGCCAGAACCCGCAGGCGAGCGGGAGCCCUGGGCGCAGCCCGCCUCAAGGUGGAGGUGCUGCAUCUGAAACGAGCGGUGGUGCUGGCAGCGCUGAAGGCUCCGCGGGCGGCAGUGCGGCCCUGCUGGCUGCCCGCCGACAGGGCGGAAGCGGCGGGUCGGAUUACUCGCUAGACGCUCACGCAGUUGGGCUAGGUCUGAGUGCUGGGGCUGGUAUGGCCGGCAUUGGGGGCCCCAUGUCCGCCGGACACGCGGGUAUGCGCGGCGCGGGCAUGCUUGCCCGGCCACUGCAUGCGCAGCAGCAGCAGCAGCAGCAUCAACAGCAGUACGCUUUUGGAGAUGGGCAGCCACAGCAGCGGCAGCAGCAGCACCACCACCACCACCAGACGUUCAGUAGCGGACACGGCGGUGGUGGUGGUGGCGGCGGCAGCAGCAGCAACAUGGCUAUGGAUGCAGACCACCACUACACGGCGGACCAGCGCCAGCCAGGCGGGGCGGGGCUGGGAUCAUGGGCGCGUUUGGAGCAAGUGGGGCAAUCGCCGUACGACGCGGAGGGCGCCCUCGGCCUUGGCAUGCGGCAUGGACCGCAGAGCGCAGAUGCGUAUGGCCGGCGCAGCUAUGCCCCCGGUGCGUCGGUAGCUGGCGUAGGGCACGUCAUGGGCUCCGAAGCAGGCUUCAUGGAGGGUGGGGGCGGCGGCAUGAUGGACCUUGACACACGGGCCCUGGACACUCUCAUAUCGGGUGGUGAGCACCCCUUCCCGACCCAGCAGCAGGCGCACAUGCAGAUACAGGCGCAGCAGCAGAUGCAGCCUCAGCAACAACCACAGGCGCCGGCCGGCUUGCUGGCAGGCAGCAGCCGGCAGCAUGGCGGGCUGGGACAGCAGGCUCAGGGCCAUUUCAACCAGCAAGGGAGGAGUGACUCCCCGGCUGCUGGUUUUGGUCCACCAGGCGGAGGCAUGGACUCGUUCGGUGGCGCUCCAGACGCUGCUGGUCCAGGAACUAGCUGGGGGCCUUCUCCCGACCAACUGCAGAUGAUGGACGGGCCUUACGACGGUGGACGUGGGUCUGCCCCCUACUUGAUGGCUGGACAUCAGCACCAGCAGCAGCUCUUGCAGCAUCACGGCAGCAUGCCGUUGCCUGGCUCCCACGGCGCCCAGCAGCAGGUUGGGACCUCGCAGCAAGGCCUGGGCACUGUCCGGAACGGCGUCAGCGCGGAUCUGCUUGAGCAGCUGCACACCUCGCACAGCCACCGCCACCACAUGGCGGGAGCCAUGGAGGGCCCGCAAUACCGCGGCAGCGGCAGCGGCAGUGGCGGGUACCCGCCGGGCAUGUCCGUCGGCACAGCCAUGGACGAGAUGCAGAUGGGUGUAGCUGGGAUGCCUCGCGGCAGCAACCUGGGACCGACGGGCAUUGGCUCCGCACCGCCUGUUCGCGGGCCGUCCACUACAGGCAUGCAAGGCGGUGGUGACUUCAGCGCGCAACGCACGCGUGUGAUGCAGUACCAGCAGCAGCAGCAGCAGCCGGCUCAUGCGUAUUCGCAGCCGCUGCCCAGCAUCAUGCCGGGGCGCAGCCAGCAGCAGGCACCACACCAGCAACAAGAAGACCAGUCGAAUGUGGCGCAAGAACGGCGCGCUGUGCUCAUCCGCCAGCAGUUGCUAGGUGGGCAGCAGUUGCAGGGCCCGGGCCGGAGUGGCAUGUCUCAACAGGAGCAGCUGGCGCAGCAGGAGCAGCUGGCCAUGUUGAGCGCAUACGGUGAUAGCAAUUUCCUGGGCCUGACGCCCUCGGAGGACAUGCAGCUGCAGCUGCUGGCCGGAGGCGCGGGGCUGGACAGACGUGGGGGCCGCGGGGGCGGGGGCCACAUGGGCGUGGGCCACAGCCUGGCCGACAUUGCUGAGUACUCAGGACAGGACGCCGGCCCCAACUCCACCAGCAGCAUGGCUAUGGACAUGAGCACGGGCGGCGUUGCCGGCACGGGUAGGAUGAUGCACGGACCCGCCAGUGCACCGCCCAACACCAGAUACGGCGGUGGAGCUAUGCCAGGGGCCGGGGGCGCCAUGGGCGGGGCGCUGCACGGCAGCAUGCCGCUGCAGCAGGCGCACGGCGGCAUGGCGCCCCGCGGCCAGCACCCUCAGCAUCACAUGAUGGACCCGCAGCACACCUCCAGCGCCAGUGCCAUGGAUGUGCUGCAGCAGUGCGCACUGGGCUCAGGCAGCUCGGGCGGCGCAGCCCAACACCAGCACCAGGCAGCCCUCAUGCGCCCCAGCGGACCGGGCUCGGCUGGCGUACGGAUAGGCGGUGACGAGGGGGCUGGGCGCUAUGGACGGGGUGGUGGGCGUAUGGGUAUGGACAGCGCCGGUCGCGGCGUUGAUCUGAUGCACCACCCCGCCAUGGACCAAAUGGGUGGCGACGGCGGCGGGCUGGGGGAGAGCUCGCGCCUCCUGUCAGGGCUGCUGCCGGGCACUGGCGGCCGAGAUGACGCGCUGGCCGCGCGUGUGUGCCUCAAGCUGUUCAGCUGCAUACCGGAGGACCUGCCGGGCGACAUGCUGGCCCGACUGCGGCGCUGGGCCAUGGCGGCAGACUCGGACGCCAUGCAGGUGUUUAUGCGCCCAGGCUGCGUGCACGUGAUCGUGUCCAUCCGCCACAGCGGCGGCCAAGAGGCCAUCGAACGCCACGUGCUGGGCAACGGCGACCUGGACGCGGCCGUGGCAGCGCUUCGUGGAGCAUUCGAGAGUAGCGGCCUGCUGCGUGGCCGCCGUGUGGUGGUUCAGGCGGCCGAGGGGCCACGCGGCGCCUUUGAGCAUGAUGGACUCGCAGCCGGCGCCGCUCGCUGGGUGUCUGACGCCGACAUGGCUCGUGCGCCCGGCGUGGUGUCCAUGAUGCCUGCCGCCAUACCCUGCGGCACCGCCACUGUCGCGGUGCUUGCAGGGCGCAACCUGCUGCGCCCCGGCACACGCUACUACGUGCGCUGUGGCGGCCGGUCCUACGAGCUGCGGCCGCUAGUGCAGCAGCCUCACACCGUAAGCAUCAAAGCAUCAACGCCGACGUCGGGCUCACCCGCAGAAGCUGCCAGCUCGGCUCCUGCAGUGCACACACCGCGUGCACAGCCGCACGGUGGUGGCGGCCACGCAUCAGGCGGGCCGGCCACGCCGCCCAUGGUUUCUGGAGAUGCCUCUGUGGCCCUGGAUUCGCCCACGGCAGCCGCUGCGCCCUCCACAUCCUCGUCCGACUCCUACGCGUCGUCCGUGCGGAGCGCCGCAGCUAGAUCCGAGGCUAACACAACAGAGCACCCGCUCAGCACCAGCACGUCGGUCGACCACGCCUCGGGGCCGCCGGCCACGCCUAGCUUAACGCCAGGCGCUGGGGCAGUCAAGGGAGGGUCGCCGCUUCGACGCACAUCCAGGGGCGAUGCAGCCAAGGCCAUUGCACCAGUGCCGGCUGGCGUUGAGCGCCGCUUGGCUUCCAGCAGUGCACCUGCCGAGCCAUGGCGGGCGCCGGCAGCAGCGGGCGCCGCCGGCCAGCUGGAGUGUGUUAUGGUGCACGUGCCGGUGCUGCCCAAGCACGGCCUGAUGGCGGUGGAGGCCGUGCAUGCGGAGGUGGACGUCAUGGGUGCAUGGGCGGCGGGCGUGGCGUGCCAGGACCCCAGCAGUGCCUGCGAGAUCAAUGCCUGGAUGCGCCGUUGCGCUGAUUCGCGCAGCGCUCGCUGGCUGCUCCUGGAGCUUGGGGUGCUGCUGGAUUACGACAGCGUGCUGCCUUCACUGCUGGAGACGUCUGCACACACCCGGCCUGCAGCGGCAGCGGUGGGAGCCAUGGACGCAUCACCACCUGCUUUGAGGUCCGGGAUCAAUGCGCAUGCCGCCGAUGUGGAAGGUGCCUCGCCCAGUGCGCCCGCACCGGCUGCACAGGCGGUCCAGCCGCUGCCUGGCCUUGCCGUGGCGCCGGUUGCGUCCAACCCGCUGCCCCUCGGCCGCGGCCCAGAUCACGUGGAGAUGUCUGCCGCCGCCAGUGCCGCAAUGGCGGGCGCGGGUGCGUUGUCCGCUGUGCCCUACCAGCACCAGCUCCAUGCUGCGACUGCGACUGCGACUGCUGCAGAAGAGGCGGCCGAGUCUAUGCUGGACCCCCGCGGGGAUGGCACCCUGGCGCUGCGACUGCUGCCCUCCUCCGGAGGAGAGUCGGCCAGGCGUGGCCCUCCUGGCCCCGCCUCGCAAGAGCAGCUGGAGCAGCUGCGGCAGCUGGAGCAGCUGCAGCAGGAGCAGCAGCAGCAGCACCCCGAGCACCAGUCGGCCCGGGGCAGCAGCGGAGUGCCAUACACAGUGAUCAGCUUCGCGCCCACUGGUAGUGAUGUCAACGGCAGCAAUGCCGGCAGGGGUGCACGUAACAGCGAUGGCACAGAAGACACCGCAUCCAUCUCCGACGAUACUUUAAAGGUGCCUGAUGCAGCUGUGCGCCCCGCGGGCGUCAGCUAUGGUCGGCUGCUGGCGCACCCGCUGCUGCACCCCAACUGCCGCCGCAAUAUGCUGGCAAGCGCCUCCAGGCUGCUGGUGUACUCGGUGGCUUCGGGCCUGCCGCUGCUGGCGUCGGGUCUGCUGGAGUGGCUAAUGGGCAUGGAGGCGCCCGUCAUGGGCCUGAGCGCCGCAGCCGUCACCUCGGCAGCCAGCCAAGCCCUGCACCCUGUCGCGGAUGCGGCUGUAGGCACCGGUACCGGCAGCAGCACCCACCUGACCGCCCUAUCGGCGCUGUUCAGUCGGGUGCUGGUGCGGGCCGCCGCCGCCACGGAGCGUGCCGUCGCGGCCAGCCUGUCAGUGGCGGGCACUGUCAGCGCGAGCGGCACUGACGGCGAGGGCGAGAACCUGUACCCAGCCGUUCUGGACAGCGCAGCCAUUGUGCCGGGCCUGGUCCCGCCGCAGUCGCCUGGUCUGCUGGCUAGUGGCUACGAGCCGCUGCCGCUGACGCCACCCAUCAGUGGCCAGUCCUUUUCAAGCAACUCCUUCACGCUGGAGAGCCGGCUCGAGUCGUUCACGGACGGCGCGCAGCGGAGCAGUCUGCUUGGCUUAGGACUAUUGCACCUGGCGGUGGCGUCGGGCAGCAGCGGCAUGGUUCUGGCCGCACUGGACUGGGCCGACAUGUACGGCCGGCCGUGGAGCCUGGACGAGCAGGCCGGGCCCCGCCGCACCUCGCCGCUGCACCUGGCCGCGGCCCUGGCAGACGGCGGCGAGAUCUCGCGCCUGCUGUUAUCUCUAUCCGGCACCGGGCCCCAUGGUGGCCAGUGGCAUGACGCCUGGUUCAUGCUGCGUGACGGACAAGGCCGCACGCCGGCAGACAUUGCCGCCGCCAACUCAGACCCGGGCAUGGCGGGCGUCAACCAUUUCUGCAUGCAUGGCGAGGAAUUGCCUGACGCGGAGGAGGUAGGGGGGCACGGCGGAGACGCAGGGGUCACGGUGGGCGGCCUGCACCGUGGCGAUGCAGUCGGCGAUGCGAGCACGACCGCCGGCCCCGCCAAGCUCAGGGAUGCGCCCACGACGCCAUCGCUGCUUCCGAUGGAGGUGCAGGAGUCGGCGGGCCAGCAACAGCAACUUGGUCAUGUGGGCUCGCCGUUGUUGCUCGUGGGCGGACUGAUGCUGGCACUGGCGCUUGCGCUCAUGCUGCUUAGCGGCGCGUGGCGCCGCGAGUGAGGCCAGGCGGUCCAGGCGGAUGGCAGGCUUAGAUGUAAAACGGUACGGGCAAAUUUCGGUUUGCUGCCAGUGGGCACUGCGGAAUGUUUGUAUGCACAGUAUUGCGUAGCGAUGCGUGUGGGAACGCGCUAAGCCUUCUUCGUAUGAAUGUGUAUGCGGUAUUGGGCUUUGUGGCCUGCAAGGUGUAAAUUCACUGCAGUCCUGUCUGGGACGCUGGUGAUGAGCUAAACGCGUUGUCAAUAGGUUGGACGGCCGCGCCUGCAGGCGGUCGGGGAGGGACAGGAAGAGUCAGACUGCUGUCCAGUGCACUGCGCCAGCACUUCGAGCCCACGCACGCAGCCCCAGCGUGCCGGGUGAAGUUCGUAUACCGAUAUGUUAUAAAGCGUGUCGUGUGCACCUUACGGACUCAGAUAGAGAUAGUGUUGAGGCUUGCACGGAGUGCGUUAGUGUCCAUAGGAAUGCGCCAGUGUCGGCGGCGUCACCUGGCCCACUUCCACCACCCAACUGGCGUGCAGGAUCAGUGAUGAAUGCAUUCAUCCUCCGCAGAGGGACAACCACAAUGUGGCAUUUCAAGCAAUACUUGUUCAUGGCGAUAUAGGCGGGUGGUUGCAGAGAUGAGGGCAGGAAGGUGGCACACUAUAAAGACAAUACUUGAUCGUGCGUGAUGACGACCGUUCUAGGUUGCCUGAGCUUGGGUACGCCUGGGUGAUGGCCAUGGAGCUCCCAUCCGAUUCGCAUUACAGAGUUGGGCGGUGUGGAUUGAGGUCGCUGCACGUGUGGCGACAGGGGUGCGGGCUCCGCGACACCAACGCGGCAGCCGACGUCCGCCUCAUCACGGCCUGCCAGGAGGAGGGACUGCCGCGGCCGGCAGCGCUCAUGCGCCCCAGGGAGAGGAGGCGGCUCACGGCAGGGCGGUGGCGGUGACGUUGCUGGCGAUUCGGGCGACGGGGUGGUGGAAGAGGACGCAGGCGCGCGCUCAGCGCAGCAAUGCGAGGGGCGGCGCGACAGCAAGCGUGCAACGGGGCGGUGGGGGAGGUGGAGCAGGCGCAUGGAUAGCUUUGUCGACGAGGGGAGGCAGCUUCGGCGGCCGAUAACGCCCAUUCACCCCGCUAACCGAUUCCAGGUGGUCACAACGCCCAGGGCGAAGGCCUCCAAUACGCAAUUCUAGUCAUUUGCGUUGAUAGGGUGAAGCAUAAGUUUCCAGGGGAGCAGUACCGCGCCAGUUCAGUGAUGGUGCAUGGCAAGUGGCCUUGUCGCUGGAUGGUUGCCGCUCCGUGCAGAUGGGCCGCGGUGCCUGGAAGGGGGGGGGAGGCCCGAGGGCCCCCCUAAAGAUGAAAAGGCAGCGGUUCUGUAAUUGAACGGAGCAAUUUACUGAAUAAAGCACGUCCGGUUAGAAAUGCUGAGUAGCAGGCUCAAGGAAGCUGGGGGGGGGUAGAAUCUUCCAAAACAGACCCCAUGCUGCAAGGUUACGACCCCUCAAAGUUGCCGGUCGGUCGGUUGGUCGGGGUGAAGGGGGGAUCCAAUCUCGAAAGUUGGGGCGAAACCCACGAAGUUUUGCACUGGUUCGUGCCGAGUUUUGUUCCUAGCGCUUCUGUCCUGCCGCACGCGGCGCAAUGGGUGUAGCUCGACGGUGCGUGCGUAGGUACACCCCAAACCCAGCACACGUGCAUAGUUUGGGGCAGUUUGGAGAGCGGCAAGUCGGCGUUUCGGGAGAUGCCUGGGGACCUGGUCAGGGACAGGCCGGUGCCGGCCGGGGUUUGCAUGGGUGAACGUAACAGCAUAUUUCAUACUAUCAAGUAACAUCGGAAU